AUGAAUUUGUUUAAAAAGAAAUUUAAAGAAUUGUUCUAUACUUAUAGUACAGAAGAUCGUUAUGCUGAAUAUAAUCCAAGUGAGGAAUCAAAUUAUGGUAAUAAUUCAAAUAGAAAUUUUCAAAAUGCUAACCCUUCACAGAUUCAUUUAAAUAAUUCGAAUGGUUUUGUCGAUGAAGAAAUGGGUAAUUUCGAUUUAAAUAAUAAUGAAAUGAACGAAAAUAUGGGUCCUGAUGGUUCGAACAAUCAUGAUAACGAUGGUGUAUCAGAAGCUAUUUUGGCCUGGAGACAUAUAGAUAAUUGGGCAAGUGACAAUAAUGCAGAUUUAUUUGCUACUUUAGGUGAUCCUUGUACAAGAAAUGAUAUUGCCAAUGCAGAAGAAGAUUUGGAUAUUACUUUCCCUGCUGCUGUAAGAGCAUCUAUGAGAAUUCACGAUGGUCAAGAAGAUUUGGAAUCGAUUACAGGUACUUCUGGUCUGUUCUAUGGUUUACAAUUAAUGACCUUAGAUGAAGUUGUUCAUAUGGCGCAAACUUGGAGAAAUGUAGCUCAAAAUAUCAAGAGACGUGAAGAACAAAUUGCUUCUGCAUCUGGUAGCUCAAAGGAUAACAAAAAUAGUGAUGCAAGAAAUCAUUUUAAAUUGCCAAAUAUUCCAGAACAAAAGUCAGUACCUCCAAACGCCAUUCAAACUGCUUAUGCUCAUCCUUCUUGGAUACCAUUGUUAACAGAUAUGGCUGGUAAUCAUAUUGGUGUUGAUUUAGCACCGGGUCCAGAAGGUUCUUAUGGACAGAUUAUCGUUUUUGGUAGAGAUUUUGAUACAAAAUAUGUCGUUGCUGAUAACUGGGGUAAUUUCUUGUUAUCUUUUGCCAACGAUUUAGAAGCAGGUAAUUGGUAUUUGAUCGACGAUACUGAUGAUUACUUGAAUGGUGAAGGUGAACUAGUAUUUAGAGAUAAAAAAUCAAACGGUCCAGUUCAGGACUAUAUGGAAGUUUUGAAAUCAAGAUCUGUGAAGAAGUACACUGGUGGCAAUAAACCUGAAAAGGUACAACAUCAAUACCAACCUGCUGUAAAGAAUCCAACAACUAAUAACAGUAGAUCUGUGAAUAUAAAUAACACUCCAUAUUCUGAUGUUAUUCAUUCCAGUUCAAAAGAAGAGGUUAAAGAUUAUCAUGAUGAUGAAAUAAUAGUCACAGAGGAUGAACAAGAAGAUGAACAAGGAGAAACUGAUACCAUUGUUGAGACACCAAUGGAACACUUAAAGGAAGAUUCUAAGGUUACAGAAACUAAGCAAGAAGAACCGGUUGAAGAAAUCAAAGAAGAAUCUAAAGAAGAACCUGAAACUGUGGAGAGUAAAGCUGAUGAACCAAAGGUUGAAGAAGAACCAAAGGUUGAAGAAGAAUCAAAGGUAGAAGAAGUACCAAAGGUUGAAGAAGAACCAAAGGUUGAAGAAGAACCAAAGGUUGAAGAAGAAUCAAAGGUAGAAGAAGUACCAAAGGUUGAAGAAGUACCAAAGGUUGAAGAAGAACCAAAGGUUGAAGAAGAAUCAAAGGUAGAAGAAGUACCAAAGGUUGAAGAAGUACCAAAGGUUGAAGAAGAACCAAAGGUUGAAGAAGAAUCAAAGGUAGAAGAAGUACCAAAGGUAGAAGAAGAACAAGAAGCUGAAACUGAAGUAGAAGAUAAAACCACCGACAAUUCUAAUGAUAAAGUAACUAAAGAUGAAGAUGACAAGGAAUUAAGGGACCCUGUUGAAGAUAUUGAAAAAGAAUUAGAAACUGUAGCAUUAUAA